AUGUCUACCGAUUAUAACAAUAGCGGUAACACAACUAAUACUAGGAACAUCCCUGUUCAAAGAACAAAAUAUGCGGACUCCAUUUUGAUUUCUAAACAACCUUAUGAAGCAACAGAAACAAUCAGAAUCAGAUUAUCACAAGCUAAGCUAAUAAACAAGAUAUUCUAUCUUUUCUUCAACGAAAUCGCUAACCUGAAAAAAAACUAUGCUCAACAACUAAGAAAGAUAAUUGUAGAAAAUCAAGAUUUGUCCGUUUUAUUAAAUCAACAAUUAUUGGAAAAUUCUGUCUUAACAGAAAAGGAAUUAGAAAAUUUUGAUUUUGAUUUGUUAGGUGAAUUGAAACCUUUAUGGACUACAGUGAUUGCCGAAUUGAAAAAUGACUUGAACUCCACAUUAGAAUUUAAGAACGUCUUAUCAAAGCAAGUGGUAAAAAAUUUGAAAGAUUCAACAGAAAAUAAUUCAAGUUGGAAUGAAAGUAAGAAACUACAUUCUAAAUUGACUCAAAUUGCUGCAUCGAUAGAUCAUUAUUCUAAAUCUAGUAACGAUUCACAAAAUAAUUUGCAACAAGCAAAUCAACAAUGGGACCAAGAAGUUCCAUACCUUUUUGAAUUAUUUGAGAAUAUUGAUUAUAAUAGAUUACAAUUAUUAAAAGACUGUUUAUUAACUUAUCAAACUGGGUUUAGUGAUUAUCUUUUAAAUACAACAAAUCAAUGUGAAACUGUUAUGACAAAGUUCUUGGAAUUCGAUCCUGAAAAGGAAAUAGAUCGUUUUGCUCAAGAGGCAACGAAUUAUGAUUUCAAGCCAUUAUUGGACCAUAACAAAAACGUACCCGAACAACAACAACGUCAAAACCCCUUGCAACAGCAAGAACAAAUGGCAAAAAAUGAGAGUAACCAAACUGAUCACAAAUCUAAAAGAAAGAGUACAUUUGGUAAUUUGGGACAUCGUUUCACUUCUUCUUCAACUGUAGUACACCAUGAUUUGUUGAAUAAUGAAUUCUCGGAUUCUUCAAAUAAUCAAUCUUUAAAACCAAAGAAAUCAAAUCAUAAGCUAAGGUCGAAAAUGGGCUCCAUCUUCGGUUUGAAAAAUAGGAAAUCGCAGUUUAUAGCUAAUUCAACUCCAUUACCACCAUCUACUACUUCGAAUAUCCCUGAAUCAAAGAGAGAGUCUACUCCAAAUUCAACUAACAGUGGUACAAUUUCAAGGAGAUCAUCCACAUUGGUUAAUAAUAAUAACACUAAUAGUAGUAGCCGCCGUGCAACGUUCACGUCAACGACAAGUACUACAACUAAUCCGGAUACUUCAAGAAAUAAUACAUUUACUUCUCCGAACAGAAAUAAUCAAUUUAACUAUAAUGUCAUUAAAGAGGAAUCGAUGUCCCAACAAAAGAUGCAACAACCGGCGCCGGCCACUGCUACCGUGCAACAACAACCUUUGUCUCCUCCGCUUACAAGAGCACAACAUUCUAUGUCUCCAUCAGUCGGAAGACAAAAACAACAGCUUCAUAUGGGGCAAACUCCUCCAAUUUCUGAAUCCCCAAUUACCCCUGUUUCAAACAAUAGCAACAAUUUAUCAAUGUCUCAACCCCCAUUACAACCACAAAUGAAGAAUAAGCCUUUGCCAACUGAACCACAAUCACAAGUACAACAGCAACAACAACAACAACAACAACAACAACAACAACAACAACAACAACAACAACAUUAUGUCGAUAAUAAGCCAAUGCAUAUCCAUGCUCCUGCUGUCCCACCUUCAAGAAAGCUUUCUCAAUCAAGAAAUUCACAAAUAUAUGCUAAUCAACAACAGCAACAACAACAACAACAACAACAACAACAACAGCAACCUGCAUCAUCUACAAUACAGUCAAAGUUACCUGUUCAAAUGACUGGUGAAUUAAAUAUUUUAAAUCCGCAAGCAACAGGAUCUUCAUCAACUUUACAAUUAACUGGUCAAUCGGUAUUCCAACAUGCCACAUUAGAAGAAACAUCAUCACAAUCUACCUUUGGUUUGAAUGCUUCCAUAGCGGAAGUUAUUAAUGCAUCAUUCAAAGAAGGUAUCAUUCAAGAUUGUCAAUUAAUUGGUGAAAUUGCUCUAACUUAUAUCCCCAACUCAAUAAUGAAUACACCUUUGCCCAUCGGAAUUAAUUUAAAGAUCAAUAAUAGUGAUAAUUUCGAUGCAAUGAUCUUAAAUCAAGCAUUCAUGGAAAAGAUUCAAGAAAGUAAUGAAGAAUGUAAAGAAACUUUCAAGAUUAAUCCUGAAUUUAUUAAUUCAAGAACUUUAGGUGCUUUGAAAUAUUCCAUUAAACAAAAUGAAAAAGUAAUUCCACCAAUUACUAUUCAACCUGUUUGGAAAUUUGAGAAUCAUCAGGCAAGUGUUGUAUUGACUAUUAAAAUCUCACCAAUGGUUCCUGACGAAAUUGAUUCAUUAAUACUAGAAGAUCUUGUCGUUUUCGUUUCCAUUGAAGGUGCUAAUGGUGCUAGUGAUGAUAAUGUUGAUUUGGAAGCAACAAGUGCACUUUCUAAACCUCAAGGUUCAUUUAAUAAAGAAAAGAGAAGAAUUACAUGGAGAUUUAAAGAACCAUUGGUUUUGAAGAGAAAUUCUACGGGUGAAAGAUUAAUUGCAAGAUUUUUAACUAAUGGUCUUGCAAGGGAAUCUCCUAGAGGUGUCAUUACUAAAUUUACUAUUCGUAGUAAUCAAAAAAUAUUAAUAUUAUGA